AUGGCUACCAAAACUGAUAUCAAAACAACUUCAAAUCACUUACGUCGUUCAUCAAGACUUGCUGCCGUUUUAAAUAAACGUAAAGAAGAAGAGGAAGAGGAGGAAGAAAAGAAAAUCAAGAAUGUCCUUGCUGCCAGUACUAAAUCUAACAAAAAGAGGAAAACUACUAAUAUUGUUGCGAGUGACUCCCCUAAAAAGGAGCAAGAUAAAGAACCAAGAGAAAAAUUAGAAAAAGACCAAGAACAAGACCAAGAACAAGAACAAGAAAAGGAACAAGAAAAAGAACAAGAAAAAGAAAAAGAACAAGAAAAAGAACAAGAACAGGAAGAAAAAAGUGAAUUAGAAAACGAAAAAAAACAAAAAAAGGAAACUAACAACGUCAAAGCUACAAGUACUGUUCUUGAAAUUGGAGAAAAAGUUCCAGAUAAUAUUGAAUUACAAACCGAGUCUGGCACGUUAUUAAAUGUUUACAAAGAUAUCUUAUCUAAACACAAAUACGUUUUGAUUUUUGCUUACCCAAAGGCUUCAACUCCAGGUUGCACAGUGCAGGCACAAGGUUUUAAAAAGCUUGUAGACGAUGGUGCCUUGCCCCUGGAUGAAAAGGAUGCCAAAAUCAUUGGCUUAAGUGCUGAUUUACCAAAAGCCCAAUUGAAAUUUAAGGAAAAGUACAAGUUACCAUAUAACCUAUUGUGUGAUCCUAACAGAGUUUUGAUUUCUCUAUUAGGUGCCUCUAAAAACGGCGGCAAAGGCACUAUAAGAUCUCACUGGGUUUUCGUUGAUGGUGUUUUGAAAUUCAAGAAUAUUCAAAUAUCACCAGAAAAAAGUAAUAAAGUUGGUGAAUCCCAGCUAUCAGAAUUAUUGAAAUAG